GGGUAGGGCACUGUACCCUACAAAAUCAAUAUCUAUUUAUUUCUAAAGUUAAUUGUUGUUUAUUUUUCUUCUGGGUCUGGACAUUGGGAGUUUAUUAUUAACUACUUUUUUUGCUAAAGAUUUAUUGUUUUUUAUUUUGGGCAGGAAUGUCAGUGGUCACACUUAACUUGCACUCCUCUCUCUUGGAGUUUGUAUAAUAUAUAAUUGACUUGGUUGUUGUAUUUCCAUUUUCUACUGCUUGUUUCUUCCAGCGGCUUUGAGAAUCUUUUUGAUCAUAUAUCUCAGUUUUAGAAUCAUUUUGCAGUGAAGUUGUUGAUUACUGAAACCCCCAUUUUCUUCUACUGCUUGUCUUCUUCUUUCUUUUCAGAAUAAACGCACUCUGUUCUUCUUCUUCUUCACUCCUCUUUUUGGGGCUACAACAAAACCAAAUUCCAAACAACUCAAUUUCGAAACGACCCAUUUUUUGUUGUAAGCUUUUUAGGGGUACUGUUGAGUUUUUCUUUGUUUUGGGCAAUGGAAAUCUGCUGCAAUCUUGAAGUGGAUGUCAAUGGCGAAGAGAUUUUUAUGGUGGAUAAGAAAACUGUAGCUUCAUACUCUGGCAGGUUGAGCAAGUUAUUUGGUAAAUCAAAGGCUACUUUAAGAAAUAUGAAGUUGAUAUUCCAGGAUUUUCCUGGAGGGGCAGAGGGAUUUGAGUUGGUCUUGAAGUUCUGUUACAACAACGGAAAUGUUAAAAUCAGUACUUCAAAUGUCCCUCUUUUGUAUUCUGCAGCAAAAUUCAUGGAGAUGAACAGUUCAAUCUCAGGCACCCAAAAUUUACAAGAACAAACAGAGAAAUACCUUGAAGAUAUCAGCGAGUGGACUUGGUCUGAGGUUUUGAAUGCUUUGAAACAAUGUCAAGAUUUGUCUCUUAACCCUUCAAUUCUGCUUGAGAAAUGCUUAGAUUCUGUUGUUGGAAGGCUGAAUUUAGCUGUGGAAGCAAAUUCUUGUCCAUCUACCUCCUCGCCCGAUAGCUCAGCAUUACGGUUUUCGUGUGAUACAAAGAGCACUGAAAGCUUAAAGACAGGGUUCUCUAAUGGAUUAUGGUGGUUUGAAGAACUUUUAAUCUUCUCUCCUGACUUUGUUAAAAUGAUACUGCAAUUGUUGCUUAAACGAAAUUUUGAUGAAGUUGUCAUUGGUAGGUUUCUUAUUUAUUACCAGAAAUCGAAGUCUUCGAAUGCUACAAGAGAUGAAAAGCUUAAGAUUGUUGAGGUUGUAGUCGAAAUGCUUUAUACUCUUGAGCACAAUUCUGUUUCCUGCAAAAGCCUUUUCAGCAUUCUUCGAGUUGCUUUGGGAUUGAACAUAGAAAAAUGUAUUCGAAAUAAGUUGGAGAGGAUGAUCGGUGCACGGUUGGAUCAAGGAUCGUUGGACAAUUUACUACUUCCAUCUCCAUCUGGGAUGAACUAUUUAUAUGAUGUGAAUCUUGUUCUAAGAUUUGUCAAAGCAUUUUUGCUUGAAAAAACGAAUCGAACAUCUCCAAUACCAUUAAGAAGAGUAGCUAGAUUAAUGGAUUUGUACAUGGCAGAAGUAGCUCCUGACCCUUGUUUAAAGCCUUCAAAGUUUCUAGCCCUUGCCAAAGCCCUGCCAGAUAAUGCUCGAAGCUCCCACGAUGAUAUGUACCGUGCCAUGGAUAUGUAUAUAGAGGUUCAUACAGAAAUGUCAGAAGAAGAAAAGGUUAAAAUGUGUUGUGCACUGAAUUAUGAGAAGCUCUCAGCAGAAACUUGCAUAAAUCUUUCAAAAAGUAUAAGAUUUCCAUCCACAUCUUCCAUACAAGCCCUUAUUUCUGAGCAGCUCAAGCUCAAAAGCUUACUUCAAACAGCUAACAGCCCUACAUCCAUCACCAGUUUGCCUUGUAAACUCGAUGAAAAGCUUGAUUUUCCAGAAGAAAAUGAGAAACUGAAAGCACAUAUACAAGGAAUUCAAUGGAGAGUGAUGGAAUUAGAGCGUGUGUGUAAGAAAAUGCAAACUCAAAUGACAAAAGUUAUGAAAUCUAAAGUAACAAGUCAUAGUCAGCUGAAAUCUUUGCCCUGGCUUUGUUCAUAGUAUCAUUUCUAAUCUGAAAUAUUGUUGUUUGUAUUGUACAAAGUGAGGACAUUCUUUUCCUUCUUCAGGUAGAAACUGAGGGUGAUUAGUGCUGUUUGUUUUUCAUUGUAGAUUCAAAUGUUGGGUUGUGUACAGUGACAGAAAUGAAAAUUGAAGAAAAGAAAAAGAAGAAAGCUUUUUCUUUCUUUUUUGGUUA